AGAUUUUCACAGUCAAGUAAUUUAAGACAGCAUUUAUCAGUUCAUACUGGAGAACAUCCUUAUGUGUGCGAAAUAUGCAAUAAAACAUUCACAACAAAAAAUAGCUUAAAACAACAUGAAAUGAUCCACACUGGAGAACGGCCUCAUGAGUGCAAAAUAUGCAAUAAAAGAUUUGCACUGAUAAGUAAUUUAAGAAAGCAUUCAUCAGUGCAUAGUGAAGAACGUGCUUAUGAUUGUGAAAUAUGCAAUAAAAAAUUCAAAACAAAACAAAAUUUAACUCAACAUGAAAUAGUACAUACUGGAGAACGCUGUCAUGAGUGUAAUAUAUGCAAUAAAAGAUUUUCACAGUCAAGUCAUUUAAGAAGGCAUUUAUCAGUGCAUACCGGAGAACGUCCUUAUAUUUGUGAAAUAUGUAAUGAAAAAUUCAGAUUGAAAGAAUACUUAAACCAGCAUAAACUGGUCCAUACUGGAGUACGCCCUCAUGAGUGUGUAAUAUGCAAAAAAACAUUUUUAGUGUUAAGUCAUUUAAAAAGACAUAUAUUAAUGCAUAAUGAAGAACGUGCUUAUGAUUGCAAAAUAUGCAAUAAAAGAUUUACACAGUUCGUAGGUUUAAACACUCACAUUUUUAAAGUUGGAUAUAUAGUUUUAUCAAACAAAACAAAUUCAAACAAAACAAUUAAAACCGAACGGAUCGAUGAUUAUCUUCAAGUGAAACAGGAAUUUGAUGAUUGUGAAAAUACAUCAGAUUUCUGUCUGCAGCAAUUUCUUAAAUCCGAGGUUACAAUUGACGAGGAAAUCAAACUAGAGACAAUUGACGACCAAGAUGAUUUGACUAGUACAAACAAAACUGUAUUAGAUGAAAGUUCUUCCCUAUGUAAAGAAGAGAUCAGUGAAUCAAGUAUGAUAGUAGAUAGUACGAACAAAUCAAUGGAAAAAGUUUCAGGAAAGCGUAAGACAACUAGUAAGUUGAAAUAUAAAUGUGAAUCAUGCAAUAAAACAUUCACAGCAAAACAAGGCUUACAACAACAUGAAAUGAUUCACACUGGGGAACGCCCUUAUGAGUGCAAAAUAUGCAAUAAAAGAUUUUCACAGUCAAGUAAUUUAAGACAGCAUUUAUCAAUAAGUUAUUUAAGACAGCAUUUAUCAGUUCAUACUGGAGAAUGUCCUUACGUGUGCGAAAUAUGCAAUAAAACAUUCGCAGCAAAAAAUAGCUUAAUCCGACAUGAAAUGAUCCAUACUGGAGAACAGCCUCAUGAGUGCAAAAUAUGCAAUAAAAGAUUUGCACUGAUAGGUAAUUUAAUAUCUCAUUUAUCAGUGCAUAGUGAAGAACGACCUUAUGAAUGUGAAAUUUGCAAUAAAAAAUUCAAAACAAAACAAACAUUAACUCAACAUGAAAUAGUACAUACUGGAGAACGCUGUCAUGAGUGUAAUAUAUGCGAUAAAACAUUUUCACAGUUAAGUAGUUUAAAACAGCAUUUAUCAGUGCAUACUGAAGAACGCCCUUAUGAAUGUGAGACAUGCAAUAAAACAUUCAAAACUAAACAUUCAUUAAGGCAACAUGAAAGAAGACAUUCUAGAGAACAAACUGUAAAAAAACAGUCAACAAAACUGAUAAAUUAG